AUGCAGUUCUCCAUUAUCCAGAUUGCCGCAUUGGCAAGCAUCUUCAGCAUUGGUGCCAGCGCGAAUGCCACCCUCGAUUACUACACCGACACAGCCUGUACCCAAGGAGAGUCGCAGAGCAUGGCCAGCAACGGCGGCUGCGACAAGAUCAAUCCCGGCUACUACGGGGUCACGCAAAACAUCGGUGACGACGGCAUCAAGUAUACCUGCAACGCCUACAGCGACAGUGAUUGCAAGAACAGGAUCGCGGAGAUCUACCAUUGCUCGGGCUCGAACGGUUCUCCUCAAGUCGGCAGCAUCAACUGCUAUGAGAACCCUCCAUUGUAA